AUGCUGCCUCGCUUCUGGUCGGUGCUCCUGGUAGCCGCGUGCGUGCUUGCGCCGAUAGUGGCCGCCGCGCGCGACUACUACCAGGUGCUUGGUGUUGCGCGGAGCGCGUCAGAGCGCGAAAUCAAGUCGGCAUACCGGAAAAUCGCGCGCGCGAUCCACCCGGACAAGCACCCGGAGAAGGCGGAAGAAUUUAUGGAACUCAGCGAGGCGUACCAGACGCUGAGCGACAGCGAGAUGCGCCAGGUGUACGACCGCCACGGCGCAGAUGCGGCCAAGCAGCGCCAGGCCCAGAAAGACAACGGCCAGCGCUCGGGCGACGCCUUUGACCUCUUCCGCCAGUUCUUUGGCGGGGGGGCCUCGGACGAGACGCCCAAGGGGCCGCGGCGGAUGUACGAGGCGGAAAUGGCGCUGAGCGACGUGUACACCGGUCGCACCUUUACACUCUCUCACACGCGCUCGGUCGUGUGCCCGGAAUGCUACGGCUCGGGCGCCGAGUCGUCGGCGCACAUUCAUACUUGCUCCCAGUGCAACGGACAGGGCGCCCAGAUCAUGCGCCAGCAGAUCAUGCCGGGCUUUGUGACCAACGUCCAGGUACAGUGCAACGCGUGCGGCGGCAAGGGCAAGACCAUCGCGAAACUCUGCAAACGGUGCCGCGGCCACAAGACAGUCGUCGACGAGACGGAAAUCGAGGUCGAGGUCGAGGCGGGUGCGCGCGAGGGCGCCGAGUACCACUUUGAGGGGAUGGGCGAGCAGAGCCCGGACCACGACGCAGGCGACGUCGUGGUCGUGGUACACACCAAGACCGGGCCGGGCGACUUCCGGCGAGUGGGCCAUAACCUGUACUUCACGGUGCCGCUGUCGCUCUCCGAGGCGCUGUUUGGCUUUGAAAAGGAGCUCACUCACUACGAUGACCACCCGUUCACGUUGCGCCGCCGCUCCGCGACGCAGCCGGGGCACGUCGAGCGCAUCCUCGACGAGGGCCUUCCCAUUCCGGAGGAGGAGCGCGAGGCCGCGCAGGGCCGCACCGUUGGCGACCUGUUUGUCACGUACUCGGUGGUGAUUCCCGAGACGCAGGGCAAGACGCGCCAGGCACUCGCCAAGGCACUCGGUGUGGACGAUGUGCGUCAUACAGAGUUGUAG